GCGGACCCUGUAAGAUAAUGGUACAGUCCAUCCUGUACACCCCUCUGUAUUCAGCUUAUAUGAAAGUGCCCUUUCUGCAGUGACUGCUGGGAAGAGAUACAGUUAAAAUUGAAAUAAAUAACAAACUGAAAAGGUGAACAUCAAAAUAAGCCCUUUCUCCAGAUGCAAUGGCUGACAAUGAUAUGUUAGAAGAACAUGAGAAGAUAAGGAGAGGUCUUGUGAAGGUUCUAGAAUGCGUGGCCACCAUCUCAUCAGCAGCAGCUGUGAUCAAUCCCAUCUUUGGCGUGGCCGGCUCUCUCAUUCGAGUGGUGCUUCACCACGUGGACGAUGAGGAUAUUCAGAAAUUUAAGUGUGAGUUUGGAAGUGUGAAUCGAGCCCUGGAUGAAAUUUCACAGCAGAAUCAGAACGUACUGCUUCAGAUCAGGAAGGAGACGGUGGAUGGCCUGUACUCCCGCGUGGAAGAGAACAUUCGCACUCAGUUCAACAAAUUCAUGGACACGGUCGAGACUUCGCAGGCACACCAGCAGCGGCAGAAAGAAUUCGAAAUGUGCUUUAUGAUCAAUCAGUCUGACCAAAACCUGCACUCACUUUAUGAUGGUGUGAUGGGCGAAUCGAAGGUCUUUAGCCAGCCCAUUCUGGAGGUGUACAUGAAGCACUCGCAGGGGGACCGGCGUGUCAUGGAGAAUCUCUGCAGGCGGCUCAUCUACCUGUUCUGCAUUGGUUUCAUUGCUCUGAUGAGUUAUGCUGCCAUCGUGGGGGAUGAUGAGGAAAGUCUGCGUAUCGAGUGGGAGGAGAAAAUGAAAGAUGUGGCCAAAAGGAUGUCAGAGGUCCUGAGCAGUCCUGAAUGAUCUUUCAUUAAUCUAUCUAUCUAUCUAUCUAUCUAUCUAUCUAUCUAACUAUUUUUUUGUCCAGAAAUCACUCAGAACAUCUUAGCUACCUCACAGCAACAUAGCCACCAGGAAUAUGACAUCAAAUUACCAAAAGAGCAAUUCUUACUUUAGUACUGCCUAGCACCCCAAUUCAAUCGGCCAAGGACAACCUGAAAGUAAAAAAAAUGUGUCAUCAAGUAGUGUUGCAAAAUCUAUAUAUUCUAUUCACUUGAGCCUUAAAAUACUUUUCAUGUAUAUGUUACCUUCUUUCAUUGCUAUUCUUAUAUAAUAUCAUGUACUAUGCAGCAGUAGUAUGAAUAAAAUGGUGAAGAAGGAACACACUUUGACAAUCAUUUGUAAAAAAGAGAGAAUGUCCCAUUGUGUAAUAGUGUCUUAGUAACUUAAAGUAAUUUAAAUUAAAGCAAAAAAAAUGUACCCAAAAAUA